CAGUUAUUCUACAGGCAUUUUUCCACAUUGGUAUUCGUUAUAAAUACCCUAUUCUAGACUCUGCCCUGUACAUCCUAGCAAGGAUAUAAACCGAGGAAAGUGAACGUCGAUAUCACAAUUUUCCACUAAAUCUCUCAUCAAAACCAACCCAACCCAGACCAAAUACAGCAAGGAAGAGAAAGAGAUAACAAUGGCGGCAUCCAGAGAAAAAGAAGUCCUCCAAAACGCAGCAGGCCAACUCCGCCUCAUCAAGCACUUCAAGACUCAUUCACCAGACAACCAAACAGCAGGAUGGUCCAAUCUCUGGGACACAAACAGCAGCAACCUCUGGGAUAGAGGUAUGCCCUCUCCUGCACUGAUCGAUUUCAUAGAGGAGCGAUUAAACCCGCUUACGAAAGACGGGAGAAGGAAAAAGGCACUUGUUCCAGGCUGCGGAAAAGGCUACGACGUAGUCAUGCUCGCGCUCCACGGCUUCGAGGUCUUCGGACUCGAAGUCUCAGAAAGAGGUGCUUCUGUCGCGCGGGACUACGCACGAAAUGAAUUGCAUAGUCCGCAGAACUACAACUUCGGCUCCCACUACAAAGUAAAUCCGGGAGUAGGGAAGGGCGAAGUGACCAUUCUUCAGGGCGACUUUUUCAAAAGGGAUUGGGAGGACGGGAUGCAGUUCGAUUUGAUUUAUGAUUAUACGUUCCUCUGUGCGCUUCAUCCAAAUAUGCGUCGUCAGUGGGCUGGGAGAAUGGCUGAUCUGCUUGCGCCGAGUGGGUGGCUUGUUUGUCUUGAGUUCCCGUUGUUUAAGGACCCGAAGAUGCUUGGUCCGCCUUGGGGGUUGAAGGGGGUGCAUUGGGAUCUGUUAGCGGAGGGCGGAGAUGGGAUUGUUGGUGGAGAUGUUGGUGAGGAUGCUAAGGGGGAGGGCAAGGGCGCAUUUGAGCGGUUGUUGUAUUUGAAGCCGGAGAGGUCGUAUGCGAAUGGGAAGGGGACGGAUAUGUUGAGUGUGUAUGUCAAGAAAUCUACAUAGUGUUCUUUGCUAUGAUUCACCAUGGUGUAUUUCAAACGGAGAGGUAGAUAUUUGAUAUCCAUCAAUUGCCCCUUCGCCUAGACCUUGGCAUAAAGUGGCUCAACACCAUAUCUUAGACCCUCUCUAACCCUCCGCCCAUCAUUAUCACACACCCGCUCGUCAGCCCCAUACUCCAGAAGUAACUCCACACAAUCUGCAUGUUCUUCCCUCACGGCAUAAUGCAUCGCUGUCCAUCCAUGGAAUCCCUGUCUAUUGACGUCGGCGCCGGAUUUAAGCAAAAGUCUCAGAAUAUCUACAUAUCCGUACCGAGAAGCCAGGUGCAACGGC